AUGGCAGCAGCUGCCGCGGCUGGCUCCGCCACACCACUCGGGGUAACCGGCACAGCCCAAGCAACAGCAGCUGGGAGCGACCAUGGAGGUUGGGUACCCCUGCAGCUGGUUCCCGGUGUGCGGUCGCGCGUCUUGGGGCCGGCGCACUCGGCGCGGGGCCGCGAGCUCAGUGAGGUGGCGUACGUGCUCGACGGCGGCGUGAAGGUCGGAUACUACUCGGCGCCCAUGCAGCUGGGGUCCCCCCCAAAGACGUUCACCCUCAUCCUUGACACCGGCAGCAGCGUCACGGGCCCCACGUUUGACCCGGACGCGUCAGUCGGCGCGCGGCCCGUCACAUGCGACGAGGGGUUCUGCCCCAAAGCAAAGUCGACCUGCGGCGACAGCCCUUCCACUGCAGCCUGCGAGUUUGGCAACAGCUAUGCCGACGGCGACCAGAACGGCGGCCCCUUCCUGCGCGACGCGCUGCUGCUGGCGCGGCCGGGGGCGGCCCCCGAGGUCCUGAAAGACUUUGUUUUUGGAUGCGCCAAGUACCUAUCGGGGCCGCUGGUGCACCAAUACGCAGACGGCCUCGUGGGCCUCUCAAUGGGGCCCGGCGCCCUGCCCCCCCAGCUCGCCGCCGCCGGCGUCGGCGGCCGCGGGUCGGCCCCGGGCACCUUCACGCUGUGCCUCAGCCGCGCAGGCGGCGCGAUGGCGCUGGGCAAGCCCGCGCGGCCACCGGGGGCGGCGUCCAUGCAGUAUGUACCGCUGCUGCCGAGCCCCAAGGGCUUCUAUUUGGUCCCCCUGGAUUCGAUCAUUGUAGCCGGCAAGCCGCUCGCCAUCGCCGGGGACCCCCCCAAGUCUCUCCUCCUGGACAGCGGCUCCACCUUCACCUACCUACCCACCCUCGCGUACAAGGCCCUCGUCUCCGCACUCAACGCCGCCCUCGCGCCCCUGCAGCCGACGACGGACGUGCGGCUGCCCCGCAGGUCCCUGCGCCAGGUGUCCGCGGGCACAGAGACAGCGAUCCUGGAUUAUGGCGGCAUAGAGACCGAGCAGGACACCGGUGACAUCACCGGCAGGGAGGGGCCGGGGCCGGCGGCGGGGAGUGUGUUUGUGGAUCAAGACCCCGGGGAUGCCUCGGACUCUGAGAUGUGCUGGACGCUCACGGGGCCGGGGACAGCCCAGAUCAUGACUGAGUACGACCUCGAAGGCGUGUUUCCGAACCUCGAGCUCACUCUCACCGGCGGCGUGACCCUCAAGCUCCCGCCCUACCGCUACGCCCACGUCGUCGCGAAGACCAAGGGCAACGCCAGCGUCAAGCCGCGCGCCUCUGUCUGCCUCGGCGUGUUUGAUGGAAACACGGCCGCCAUCUUUGGGGCGUGA